UCUUCUAGGGAUGGCAGAGGACCGAAUUAGUUAAGAAUUAACGUAGCUAACAUGUUGAAACAUAUCCAGAUAGUGCUAGAGUAGGACGUGGUUUCGUCAUGUCCAUCAAACUUGAAUGGACAUGGCAAUAAAUUAUUGAACUUGGACACAGGAGUCACAGAUUAUGAUCCGUUGGAAUGGAAGAAAACCAGUGCCUGCAUGCAAGUCGUCUACUACAAGAUGAAGACUCUCUAAUCGAGGGGGUUAGCAAUCCCGUCCUCUUUGUUGUUGUAUUGAGCGUCACCUUUCUGGGUGGAUUGGCUACGCUGCUGUGCAGGAAUGAACAACAACAGAGAAUCCACCCAGAAAAUCAAGAGCAUGUACGUGCAGUUCGACAGCAGCUACAGACAGAUCAGGAGACACCGCCAGAGCCCAGGCACCAGUUCUACACGGACAUGUCAUGUCCAGUAUGCCUGCAGCAGGCCUCUCUGCCAGUGGAAACCAACUGCGGCCACCUCUUCUGUGGCUCCUGCGUCAUUGCAUACUGGCGGUAUGGGACAUGGCUGGGGCCAAUCAGCUGUCCUAUAUGUAGACAAACGGUGACGCUGAUUUUUCCGCUCUUCCACGGGACGGAGCAGGCUGCCCCCUCCGAUCUUCCGGAUGAUGGGCAGCCCGAGGCCAACCUCAUCCUGCAGGACCUCACGGACUACAACCGCAGGUUCUCCGGACAGCCCAGAUCACUGAUGGACCGUUUGCGGGACGUGCCCACGCUGCUGCGCCACGCCUUCCGGGAGAUGUUCUCGGUGGGCGGUCUGUUCUGGAUGUUCCGGCUUCGCAUCCUGCUGUGCCUGGUGGGGGCGCUCACGUACCUGGCCUCGCCGCUGGACUUCAUCCCCGAGGCGCUCUUCGGCCUGCUGGGCUUCAUGGACGACUUCUUCGUCAUUCUGCUCCUCUUCAUCUACAUCUCAAUCAUGUACCGCGAGGUGGUGACCCAGCGGCUGGGCGGAGGAGGAUGAUGCGUGUGAAGAGACACACACACACGCACACACACACACACACACACAUGCACACCCCCACACCCCAACACAGCAUCUGCACUCAUUCAUACACACGUGCACUCAUGGAUAUGUCAUAGCUUGCCCUUACGUCAGGUCAGAGACAUUGGUAGAGAAGGCUGAGUGUGCUGGGUCUUCCUGUGGCCUAGUGUGUGGCAUGUGUGUGUUGGCGGAUGUGGCGUGGGUCAGGGUGCUAGCUAGCUAGCUUUGUGUUUGUUUGUAUUGCUGCAUUGUGUUUGUGUCAUGUGUGCUGCAUGGCCAUCAUCAUCCUUGGCAUUCCCUACAUGAACUGUCCCAAAAGAACAGAUCACAAUUUCUCCUUGGAUGUGGGACAUGUGGACAGACUUUUCGGCUUGUGUGUGGCUGUGUGCUAGUGUGGACAGAUAUAUCAGUUAUCGAGAAACGAAUGUCGAUAAUAACGACUUGUCAUCUCAAGUGCCCUCAACUAUAUUUUUUAAAGCUGAGGGCCGUGUAAAAAGGUGAAAGUUCAGUAGCCUUGAGUUUAACUACAACAUAUCAAUUUAACAUCGCGACUUUAAAGGAAAUGCAAUAUGUGCAGGUGUCCUUUAUGGACGUAUGUAAUAGCUACCUUUUCUGAGUCCUACUCUAAACUGGAAAUGUGCUCUUGUCUAUAAGAUUUAGAAGGGAAAUUAGGAGGAAGAAACUGUUCUGUUCAAGAGCCAAGCCUGUGCACUCGUUCAGAUGUCCAGUGUGUCAGGACCUCAGACAGACGUCAUGUUCAUUAUUGUGUUGUCUCUUGUAUGGUGGAAUAGGAUUUUUUGUCGAUGCCUUUCUUUAAGUCCAUUUUUAUUGUUUUCUUCAGUCAGUUGCCCGCUCUGUCCUCUUUUCUUGCUGUUUCUUUAAGUCCAUUUUUAUUGUUUUC